AUGGAUGUUACAUCAACCGAAAAAUUCGAUGAUGUUAUUAGUGGAACACAAUUCUCAUCAUUACGUUGGUCAACAGAUAAUCGUGGUAUUUUCUAUGUAACUUAUGCAGGUACUUUUGAUAAUAUCACAUCGAACAAUGAUUCAACUACUUCUAAGGAAAAGUGGAAAAAGACUCAAAAAGAUACAGAGAAGAAAGAUGAAGUAAAAAUUCUUUUUCUUCUAUAUAUAUAGAUUGAUGAAUUUUAGAUGAAUUAUUUUUCCAAUCUGAUUUUGUCGUUAUUUUGACACAAGAUCUAUUUUAUGUUAGAAAUUGUUUCUUAUUCGGUGGAGAAUUAAAUAACCUGUUCGAAAGAAUGAUCAAUAAGAAGAGAGACAACUAAAUCUUUUUUACUCACACCAUUAAAAGUAUUCGACAUUUUUCUUUUCGAUCUUUUCCUUUUUCAAUUUUUUUUCUACAUUUUCUAUUUUCAGCGUUUUCCUUUUCUACGUUACUCACCAAAAUCAUUUGUUUCUAUAGUGAAAUUUUCAAUCAAAAUAUCUUUUGCGCGAAACAAUGAAUAAAAACAGAAAUUCGUUUUUUUUCUCGAUCUCUCUUUCUUUCUAAGAUGCAGUGUUUUCUACAUAUCAGAAAACAUUCAUGUAUUUUCUAAGUCUUUUCAAAAGCUCCUAGAGUUAUGAAGUUCUAUAAAGUCGUACAGAAUCUCGUGAAGUCUUUUGAAGUAUUGAAGUCAGCUGUUUCUUUCUCGAGCAACACACGUAUGUCGAAGAUAUAUUAGUCAUUUGACAAAAACAAAUAGAAUUUCUGAGCAAAUUAACUUUCAUUAAAAAGAAAUUUUUUGUAAAUUGAAUGUUCAUGGUAUGAAAGAAGUUGAACGUCAUUCCAUGUCAGCCAUUCCUAACAAGUCAAAUAAAUGCGAUUAUUACAUGAACGUCUUUGUUAGAUGAUUUCUUGUUUUUGAUAAUCUCAUUUGUUGAUUUUGGUUUUUCUUUUUAGCUGUGAAAUUCCUUGUUCAAAUGUUAUUCCAAAUGAAUUUAUGAAUAGAUAAAGUUAUAUCACAAAAAAAUGAUAAAGAACUAUUUUAUACAAAUUUAUUAUUUUCAUCGUAUAAUCCUUAUGUUUUAAAUCAAAGAAAUUCAACUUGAUGAAAAUUUGUAUCGAAUUG